CAUGUGCAACAUUUUCCCAGAAGUCCUGUGAGGAAUGUCUAAAAAAUGUUUCGUGCCUUUGGUGUUACACCAACAACACUUGCAUUGAUUAUCCUGUCAGAAGCAUUCUUCCACCAUCUUCGUUGUGUUCCCUCUCAAAUGCUCGAUGGGGAGUUUGCUGGAUAAACUUUGAGGCUUUAAUUAUUGCCAUAGCUGUAGUAGCUGGACUGAUCCUGGUGUCCGUAGCAGUCUGUUGCUGUUACUGCUGUUACUGCAGAAAGCGUUCCAGGAGUAGACCAGAUGAAGAAGAGGAGCAGCUAGCUAGGAAGAGAGAGGAGCGCAGACUACAGUCUCUUCAGAGGAAGCAUGAAAGAAAACUGAAGCAUGAUGAAAUACGUAAGAAGUAUG